GUCCAUGAUAAAGAAGAAACACAUGUACCUGACGGAGGAGAUAUUGAAGGAGAACCCCAAUUUGUGCGCCUACAUGGCGCCCUCGUUGGAUUCUAGACAAGUCAUGGCGGUGAUGGAGGUGCCUAGAUUGGGUAAAGAGGCUACCAAGGCCAUUGAAGAGUGGGGUCAGCCCAAAUUCAAGAUCACCCACCUGAUCUUCUGCACCACUAGCGGAGUAGAUAUGCCAGGCACCGACUAUCAGCUCACUAAUCUCCUUGGCCUCUGCCCUUCGGUGAAGAGAGUGAUGAUGUAUCAGCAGGGCUGCUUUGCUGGAGGAACAGUUUUGAGAGUGGCCAAAGAUCUCGCUGAAAAUAACCGUGGAGCUCGAGCUUUGAUCGUUUGCAGCGAGAUCACGGCCAUGACUUUCUGCGGGCCCGAUGACACCCAUCUUGACAGUCUGGUUGGGCAGGCGCUCUUCAGCGAUGGGGCAGCAGCAGUGAUUGUAGGAGCUGAUCCCAUCGUGGGAAUAGAAAAGCCCUGUUUCCAACUCCUCUGGACUGCUCAGACCAUUCUUCCCGAUAGCGAGGGCGCCAUCGAUGGCCACCUCAGAGAGGUCGGUAUGACAUUCCAAUUAUUGAAAGACGUGCCGGGUCUGAUCUCGAAGAACAUCGAGAAGGCUCUGGUGGAAGCUUUCGGGCAAUUCGACAUCGAGGAUUGGAAUGAGGUCUUCUGGAUUGCACAUCCGGGAUGACCUGCAAUUCUGACCAGGUGGAGUCAGAAUUACAAAUUGGGUCCUGAAAAAUUAAGGGCGACUAGACAUGUAUUGAGUGAGUAUGGGAAUAUGCCGAGCGCCUGCGUGCUGUUCAUCUUGGAUGAGAUGAGGAAGUCGUCUGCAGAAAAUCGAUGCCCGACCACCGGAGAAGGUCUGGACAUGGGAGUGCUCUUUGGAUUUGGAUCCGGACUCACUGUUGAGACCGUGGUUCUCAAGAGCGUUCCUCUCAUGUCAUAAAUAAAUCUCUUUUCUCAACGACACAUUAUACAAAUGGUAGAAAA